GCGAAUUGGCCAUAUAAUGCUUGAAAUCCCACCUGUAUCCUCCAUGCACUCAUUGGGUUGCAUAUAUUUUCACAGUCCAGCAUAACAACUUCGAAAUGGCGUCCAAUCUGAGAGUCGUCAACGACGCGGAAACAUCCCGGAUCAUUUCACAGCUGCGUAACGAGUCGCCGAAACCCGCGGUCGUGCGCCGGCUCGUUCGCGAAUUGACCACUGCAUUAACACCAUACGCUCUCAAACCGCCUUGCCCCGGAGAGCAGAUUGCCGUCAUUGUCAUCCUGCGAUCGGGUCUCGCGAUGGCAGAUCCAUUUCUCGCCGCUCUGCCUGAAGACGCCGAUGUUGUUGUUCACCACCUGGGUCUCUUCCGGGAAAAGGAGUCGCUUCGUCCGGUGGAAUACUACAAUAAACUUCCCUUAAAGAGCCCGCGCAUUAAAAGGGCCUAUAUUCUCGACCCGCUGGUGGCUACCGGUGGUACCGCGAAGGCGGCGACGAACAUUCUCAAGGACUGGGGAGUUAGUCAUAUCACGCUGCUCUCGUUGCUGGGCAGUAAAGAGGGUCUCGCCAACGUUGCCGGUGUGUGGCCAGAAGGCACAGAGAUUGUUGUUGGUGCUACUGAUCAAGAGCUGGAUAAGAAGGGCUACAUCAAGCCAGGCUUGGGCGACAUUGGGGAUCGCCUUUUUGGCACCGCGCUGGAGUGAACACGAGGACUUGCAUAAGCAGACAACAGGGCUCCAAGGCAGUAUACUUAGACGAAUAAUUAUAUUAUCCAGGCCACUAGGCAUACCCCGCAAAGACGCGCAGUAAACGUUAUGUAAUGCGGAAUCGUUAUCUAU